AUUCCCUCCAACAUGCCCAGUCCUGCUUUUAAGGGUCUGGCUGCAGUUUAAUUUCUCCUCUAAACUAGAGGCGGAGGAAUGUUUCAAUUGAAAUCACUCCAGAUGUGCUUACUUGGCAGCAUUCAGAAAGAAAUUCACACAAAGAACAAGAGGAGCAGGGAACCUAAAAGCUCUCUGCAGGACCCAAUAUAUGGGGAGCAACGAGAAACUCUUCUAGUCUACUGGACUGUAGCACUCUAACAUGCCCAGUUGUUCUGCUACAGUAUUGGGGAUUCUGCAGAAUCUACUGGCAGACGCAGAGAAUAAGAAAGUUUUCAAAUUGAUUGCCACAUCACACAAACACAACUGGCUGAAGUUUCACAAAGAGUCAGGGGUAACAUGUGACUCCCUCCUGCUCCUCCUGUGGCCUGCAGAUGGGUGGAGGGGGUCAUUAUUCCGCAGGCAAAAGAUGUGUGUGAGAUGGUGAUCUACUAAGGUACGUACAUAUUUUCUAUAUGCAAUUUAUUAUACUGCAUUUAUCUGGGGAACAUGCCUUGCUAAUCUGCUUAUGUGGAUCGUAUUUCAUUUUAUAUGUAAUUUAAAUACAUAGUCCACAGAUUUAGUUAUGUUAAAAAGAAACAAAAGCAUGAGAAAAUGGAUAAAUGACGAGGCUAGAUUUAUUUUGCUGUGGGGAUAUCUUCAUAAAAUUGUCUAGACAGAAUUUUGUAAAACGUGUGGUUUAUUCACUAAACAACUGAUUAAGAACCACAUUACAGAAUUUGAUGGCAGUAAUGAACUUUCCAUCAGCCAUUUUAGACAGAAUUUUGCCAUUCGGGUUUCUGUUCUGUACAGCUAGGACUUUAGUAAAUAUCUCUGCAAAUUGAUUAACAUUUUACCACCUCUACUGGGAGUCUAGUUUGUGUAUUUACUACUCCAACUGCAAAGCUGUAUUUAGAGCCACCACAUCCCAAUAAUUUGCUUUCUGUUUAAGCUUCUUUACCUCCACUGAGGUAAAAACUAUUGCAGGUAGACACAACCUUUUCAUGAAAUAUUAUUAAAGCUAUAACCAUCUACAGAGUUAUUCAUUAGUUGUGAAUUGCAUAAACUUAAAAUCUGAGAUCCAAAUUGACAAAUUCAGGUCAAAAUAGCUAAUGUGUAACAAAUCGGCUAUAAACUCAACGUUACAAUUCAGACUUUAGUAACCAUUUGGUCAGCCUUUCAUUCUUCCAAUUCAAACCACACUUCCCAUGUUCUUGUACAGAGGUAGGAUUCCUUCUGCACUCCACAUCACUACAUGUCCCAUAAUGCUGCAAGGCAUCAUGCGAGACGUAGUCCACAACCUUUGGAGUGCUGAAGAUUGCCUACCCCUGUCCUAAUACGUUCUGUCAUCUGCCAGUUGUAGAUAACCCAAUGUAUAGGAUGUUAUCUGUCCUAUCUGGUUUAGAAAUGAAUUUGCCAGCCACUGGCUAGUAGAUAAUUCUAGAUAUAUCUGUCAGGGUUUAAGUGAAGUGGGAACGCAUAGGGACACUAUUUCACUUUUUUUCCCCACAUAUUUGGAGAGAGAAUGUCAUUCCUGUACUUCCAACUGUGCGAAACAAGCCUUUUAAAUUAUUUUUUUUUUUAAGCUGGCCAAUAAAAAGUACUCACCAGUACAGAGAUACACCACGUAGGAUUCCUGGGGUUAAGAUUUCCAUAUAAGUUGCUUGGUCUGUUUAAUAAAUACCAUUCCACAUCACUUUUUUUUUCUUUCAAAUGGUAAAUGUUCAACCUGAUUGGAACGUUUUCUACACCAGUGUAACGGAUUAGAUAGGUCACUAGUAAAAUUGGCAAAUAAACAAAAUGUGAAUGCCUGCCUCUAAUAAAUUGAGGGCCAGUUCAGAGGGACGACCUCUCAUGCUGCCAAUGAAUAGGUCUAAGAGGACGGCAGUAAGGAAGAGAAGGUGGUCAGACAGAGAGCAGCAGGCAUUGAUGUAUAAAGGAUCGGGCCGCAUCUCAGCCAUACAUUGUAAAAUUCAGCUAAUACAUUGACCUUCUUCUACAUCCUUAUCUCUGUCUGAUUUCUAUUCCCUUCUCAAUCCAUUAGAGCCGGUCACUCCUCCCUAUCUCAUGUCUCUUCUGCCCCAUCUUUCAUCCCAAUCUCAUCUGGUCUCAUUACCUUCUUUGCUUCAUUCAUCCUUUCACUGCUCCAUUUAUCUGCUCUGUCUUAUAUCUUCCUCCCUGUGUCACUUCACCACAAAUGUUCAUUGCCGGAUCUCCUCUCCUCUCCCCCUAUUCUUCCUACUCCAUCUUAUCUUCCUUCUCUCUCUCUCCAUCAAGCAUAGCACCAUCUAAUCUGCCUUCAAUUUCAAUUUUCGUUCUCCCUUCAUAGCCCUAACACAAUAAGAAUGAAUAAUAUAACUCACAAUUAGAAUGAAUAAUAUAAGAAGAAACAUUUUUUAAUUAUUUAGUGUUAAUUUAAAAAUAUUAAAGUUUAGAAAGCCUGCCCCUGAUCCUCCUACAAUGGGAUCAUCAUGUUUGAUCAUCUCUGGUCCAACAAUCCAAAGCACUGAGUCUAUGGCGCAUGCCUGGCCAAUCCACUCCAAUGCUUCUCCCCCCACUAGAUAACAUACUGCAUAGUGCUCAUUGAAUGCAGAACUGUGUCUAUAUAUAACGUUACAAUUUACCUUUUCCAUCACCUGGUUCUUUUCUCUAGCAGACAAUUCAUGUCGCUUUGUAGACAAUGGCGUCUUUAAUAGAUUGUAAGAAUGUUGUCCAGCAGGGUGGUUAUAUAGCAGGGAUCACCUAGUGUGCGGAAAACAUGGAUAUAGGUGUAUAUAAUAAAGCAUUUAUUGCUAGAGAGAGAGAAUAGCAAUAGUGAUUAAACGGACAGUGAAUGCACUGCACGGUCCCAAUAGUGAACAAUAAGUGAGAGCGAACAGAGGUGUGUAUUCUCAAUAGUGAAACACGUGUGCAUGCCCAAACAUACAGAGAGGGUGAUAUUUGUUGACUGAACCUUCUAUUCAUUUUACACCUUUAGCUAAACCUCCCCCCAAAUACAUUCAAUAAAUCAUAUAUAAAGAUACAUGAUAUAUUCAAUGUAAAAUAUUGUGAUAUACUAAACUUACCUCCGUUACAGUGCCACCAUAUUCAGAGCUUCAGGAGGGUUUUCUUUCGUUAAACACCCACCCUCCUGUCCACUGGUUUCUUCACAGAAAGCAGUUUUCUUAACUUUGAUUCUACAAGGAGGGGAUAAAUUCUCUGUGAUGCCAGCAUGCCAGUAUUUCAAUGUAGUGACAGUAGUUGCUCCGUUCCUAUACUCCUUUGCCAUCGCUAUUGGCGUUAGAUAGGGAGCUACCAUAUUAACCACAGCAUAUGCACUGCAGUUGCUAUGGAUGGAAAGAGAGAGGAGGUCUUUUCUGCUCACCCUUUUCAGUCAAACCAUCGGCAUACAGUCUAUGCCAGGGGUAGGCAAUAUUUGGCUGUUGACUGUUCUACCAUAGUGCUCUUGCAGUCAUAAUGCCUGCAAAGCAUUAGAGGAAAUGUAAACAUCUGGAGUGCCGAACGUUGCCUAUUUCUGGUGUAUGCCAAAGGGUUGAUGGACAAGGGUUGAUAUAUUUCGAACAGGUUUGUCUCUCAAUCUUUACAUUCACUAGAUAGAAUUUUAUGAUCUUUAAAAAUAACAUAAGUUGUAGUUGUAGGGAUUACAGGGCUCGAGUCCUGCAGAAAAGUGGGGGAAUGGCGUUCCUGCACCUUUUUUUUCAGCAGGAACACUGUUCCUGCAGACACUCAGGGGUCGGCAAAAAAUGCCGCCCUCAAAUGCCCCCCCAUGUUACCCCUGUCUCCAUAUCAGCCCCCGGCGGGCACCUGUCUCCAUAUCAGAAGCGGCGAGGGAGCUGCGUUUGCUCUGCUCCCUCUCGCCGCAUGCCGUUUGCUGAUGCUGGAUAUAUGAAUAUGACAUCAUAUUCCGGUUCCCGGCGUCAGUAGACAGCCCGCGUGGUGAAAGGGAGCAGAGCAAACACAGCUCCCUCGCCGCGAUAGGUAGACAGUCGCCCGCCCCACUGGACCCCAGGGACAGUUCCACGCCAGCUUUCCAGGAAGGGAGGCUGGGUGGACAUUUUUUAAUUUAAAAAAAAAUAUUUGUGAGUGUCUGUGAAUGUGUGUAUCUGUGAGUGUGUAAGUGUGUGUAUCUGUGAGUGUGUGUGUGUGCAGGCGUAUAUAUAUUAUUUUGGGGGGAUCUUGGCUGAGUUCCCACACUUUAUUCCCCAGGACUUGACUUGAGGGGUAAUAAAAGGUACCUUUUAAACAGCAAACUGCAAGGAAUUGCAAAUAAAAUUGCAAAGUGUAGGUAAUAAUAUCAGAAACAAAUCAAAAAAAUUGGCUAGAUUUUUGUACAUUUAGAAAAUGUCAAUUUGCUACAAUUGAAAAACUGAAUGACCAUUUCUGGUCAUAUACAGUGUUUUUUCUCUUCCAAAUUCUGAGUCACAUUCGAGCCCUUACUAAAUAACACUGCAUGCUAUUAUUUAAGGAACUCUCGAGAAGUCUGCUAGGCAAUAUCUUUGUAUAUUUAUCCUGUGAUCAACCUAUAUCCCAUAAGAUUAUACACUGAUCUCACUCUUGUUAUUGUACUGAAUAUGACUCAGAUUAAACUUCCAAAAUUGGGAUAUUUAUUUUUGGAUUUUAUCUGCCAGAUUUCAAUGAUCCGAUCAGGUAAAAUAAACUGCAGAUUAAAUGGCACCAAAAACAUAGAUUUUUUAAUCAUUGUUUUGGCUUUAGACGUCUGUUAAUCACAUUUAAAACGGCUGGCUAGUUGAGGUUCUGGGAACGUUACAAUUUCCAGGUUGUGGGACUGAUUUUGAUAUACCUCUUAUAGUCUGUGACUGAGGAUAAAAUAUGCAAUAAAACUGCUUCGGAAAGGCAGGCAUCACAAAUCUUGGGGUCCCUUACAAUUCGAGAGGCCAGGCACACCCCCACCCAAUAAAUACUCCCAGACACACAGCCACAUCCACUGUGUUGGAAAGACAGGCACACACACACUAAAUGCUCACUGCCUGACACAGACACACACACCCAGGGUUAUUUUUUAAAGUGAAAACUUAAAGUGGAUUUCAAAUUUAAGGCCAAAGUAGCCAAAUUGAAAGCAUAGCUGACUUUUAGAAGUUUUCCAGUUCAGCUAUUUGACACUGGAUUUGAAAUUCUGUUUGAAUUCCCACUAUAGUAAAUUACCCUGACAAAUCAUCACUGCCAGAGGCGUACACAUGGACACAGAUACACCAGACACACACAUAUAUGGAAAUAUGUUAAUUCCAACCACCUUCAUAUUGGCAUAUCCUUUACCCAUGAGGGUGGCUACCCCGGUUCUCUGAUGGAUAUCUGGUUGUGCUCCACCCCUUCGUGGUACCAGGAGGAGGAAACUUUAAACAACAUUAUUAUUAUUAUUAUUAUUAUUAUAUUUAUAGAGCACCGUCAAAUUCCACAGCGCUUUACAAUGGGUGGACGAACAGACAUGUAGUUGUAACCAGACAAGUUGCACACACAGGAACAGAGGGGUUGAUGGCCCUGCUCAAUGAGCUUACAUGCUAGAGGGAGUGGGGUAAAAUGACACAAAAAGUUAAGGAUAGUAUUAGACUAGUGACAGUUGCAGAAGAGGAAUCAGUCAGGAGCUAUUAACCGUUUAAUUGAUACGCUUUUAUGAAGAAGUGGGUUUUUAACGAUUUUUUUGAAGGAGUGGAGACUGGGUGAGCAUCUAACGGAGGAGGGAAGCGAGUUCCACAGGAACGGUGCAGCCCUCGAGAAAUCUUGAAGGCGAGCAUCAGAGGUGGGAGUACGGACAGAAGAUAGACGUAAGUCUUCAGCAGAUCGUAAGGGCCUAGACGGGACAUACUUGUGUAUAAGGGAGGAUAGAUAGGUGGGAGCAGCAUUAUGUAGAGAUUUGAAAGCAAGAACCAGAAUUUUAAAUUGAGCUCUAUAUUUUAUAGGAAGCCAACGUAGGGACUGACAGAAGGGUGAGGCAUGGGAGGUGCGGGCGGACAGGAAGAUGAGCCUCGCCGCCGCAUUCAUUAUGGACUGUAACGGCGCUAGUUGGGAGCACAUAAGACCACUGAGAAGCGGAUUACAGUAGUCAAGGCGAGAAAGGACAGUGGAAUGGACCAACACCUUAGUCGCAUCUGGCGUUAAGUAGGGGCGGAUGCGCACAAUGUUUUUGAGAUGGAAAUGACAGGAUUUGGCGAUAGAUUGAACAUGAGGCUUGAAGGAGAGGUCAGAGUCAAAGAGAACACCUAGGCAGCAAGCCUGCGUGGUGGAGCUGAUGGUAGCACCGUUGACUUGGAGGGAGACAGACACAGGAGUAACAACACUUGAGGGAGGAAAGACCAGAAUUUCAGUUUUGGUCAAGUUUAGUUUAAGGAAGUGGGCAGCCAUCCAGUUAGAAACAGCAGAGAGGCAGUCAGAGACACUAGUCAAGAGGGAUGGGGAGAGAUCAGGAGAGGACAGGUAGAUUUGCGUGUCAUCUGCAUAGAAAUGAUAUUGGAAGCCAAAGGAGCUAAUGAGUUUACCAAGGGAGACAGUAUAGAUGGAGAACAGUAGGGGACCAAGGACUGAACCUUGGGGGACACCAACAGAGAGGAGUUGGGGAGAAGAAGCAGAGCCAGAGAAAGGAACACUGAAAGAGCGCUGGGAGAGGUAGGAGGAGCACCAGGAGAGAGCAAUAUCUUGUAGACCGAAAUUGCGGAGGAUGAGAAGAAGCUGUUGAUGAUCAACAGUGUCAAAAGCCGCAGAAAGGUCAAGGAGAAUUAGGAUAGAGUAGUGACCACGAGAUUUUGCAGCGAGUAGAUCAUUGGAUACUUUGGUCAGUGCCGUUUCCACAUUAUGCUUAGCGCAGAAACCAGACUGAAGCGGGUCUAGCAGAGAGUUGGACUCGAGGAAGUCUGUCAAUCUCGCAUACACAAUUUUUUCAAGGAUCUUGGAUGCAAAAGGCAGUAGCGAGAUAGGACGAUAGUUGGAUGGGGAGUUAGGGUCAAGAUUGGGCUUCUUUAGAAUUGGGGUUACAGUUGCAUGUUUGAAGGGCAAUGGAAAUAUACCAGAGGAGAGAGAAAGAUUGAGAAUUUUAGUGAAAGGUGGAGAAAGAGAAGAAGACAGAGUACGGAUGAGAUGCAAGGGAAUUGGAUCUAGGGAGCAGGUGGUGGGACUGGAGGACUGCAACAGUAAUGGAUGGGGGGCGUUAUCCAGCCUAUUAAGGGUCUGGACCAUUCCGCAACGUCGCACUAUUAGAAUAGUUAUUUGUAUGUCACCAACUGGUCCACAUAGUAUUACAAGGCUCCACCUGGGCCUAGUGUUUGACCAGACCCCUUACUAGAGUACCGGCUCUGAGGUGGCAGAAAGCACUUUAUUUAGCCAGCAUCUGAUUAAAGUGCUUUCCUAUGGGGGAAGAUCUAAUGAGUGCACUGUGCUUACCACACAUGCACAUAAGGUUCCCCCUUACGAUGAUGCAGAGGAGGCAGAGACAGAGCCAGUGUUGAGGGACUUCGGGGCUGUAAUUGGUAUUUAAGGGUAUUUUAAUCCUUUGCUAGCAGUGUGGAGAGGGGGGAAGAGGAUUACUAUAGUGUUAGGAAUACAGCUUUACUUUUCCUAACACUGGUGUUCCUUUAAGCUACAGUCUAAACGCAGGCUUCCCUAAACUCCGGCCCUCCAGAUGUUGCUGAACUACAACUCCCAUGAUUCUCAGCCUAUAUUUCAUUCAUAGAAUCAUGGGAGUUGUAGUUCAGCAACAUCUGGAGGGCUGGAGUUUGGGGAAGCCUGGUCUAAAGCAUGGCUGGUCACAGGUAGAUUUACAGAUGUUGUAGAACUCCAGCUGCCAUGGUGCUUUGCUUGCCUUCAGAAUAGCAAAGCAUCAUGGAAAUUGUAGUUCUCUAACAUCUGGAGAUCUACUGCUUGCUUACUCUAAUAAGCAGUGACGUUUAUUACAAGAUGUUCCCCUGAGAGACAUUGACAGAUUUUAUAACAGAGUACACACUCAUACUCUAUAGAAGAGAGUGUUUGAUGAUCCUGAUGCAAAUAAUGUAUACAAAUAAUAUAUGAGCCAUUUUAAAGCGAUUUGUUUCUAUUUGUUGGCAAUAAUGUAUUUGAAGUUGAACAUGCGUUAAAGAGAUCCAUAAUGCACACAGCUUGUGAAAGAAAACCUGGAAAAAUAACCUGAAUAUAAUGCCAAAUAAAAAAAAAAAACUGGACUGGAACUGCGCUCUAUGUGAUCUGAGAGAUAUUAAGAUCAGAAAUAGAAAAGAAAAAAAAAAGCUUAAGGAAACAUGAUAUGGCACCAAUUACAAUUAACUAGUUGUGUAUUUUACUAAUAAUUAUUUGAAACAGGUUUCAAUAAAUCCAAUUGAAAAAUAAUAUAAAUUAGUAACACUUUUAUAGGCAUCUUUAAAGGGACACUAACUUUAGGAAUAAAAGCAUGCAUUUCUAACACUGGAGUCUUUUCUAUUUAGAUUCAGGGUCACCUCUUAAUAAAUCACUGUUACUCACCUAAUAUCCAUCACUGAGUCAGUCUCCUCCCCUGGAGAUCAUCACUAUAGGUGGUCUCAGCCAAUCCAAUACUACUGCAGGAAAGCAUUUGUGGGCUGCUGCAUAUGGGAGCGAUAACAGUGCUUCGGCAUUCAACAUCUCCUUAAAGAGAUUGAUUGGCUCAAUUCCUCUCUACGAACAAUGUGAAGACAUCGAAUGCCAGUAAUCCAAAGAUUUUAUGGAUGUCCCCAGAAACCCAUCCAGUGGAACAUGCAAACCGAAACAAAAAUCUCGGGAGGGGCACUUGUAGAUUAUUUAAAUAAAUAAUCCAGGCACAAUAACCACUACAGCUCAGUGUAGUAGUUAUGGUGUCAGUAGUGCCAGGAUUCCACCCCAGAGUAAGUAGUCAUACCGCUUAAGAACAGUUUGACAACUUACCUGGGGUCUGCUGGGAUAUAGGGUAUAGGAGCAGUGGUGUGUGUUAAGGGUGAAGUGUGUGAGUGCGGCAGUGUAUGUCAGGGACAGUGUUUGUGGGGCAGUGUGUGUAUGGGGACAGUGUUUGUGGGGCAGUGUGUGUCAGUGUGUGUAUUGGGACAGUGUUUGUGGGGCAGUGUGUGUAUGGGGACAGUGUUUGUGGGGCAGUGUGUGUGUGGGGGCAGUGUGUAUUGGGACAGUGUGUGUAUGGGGAUAGUGUUUGUGGGGCAGUGUGUGUAUGGGGGGGCAGUGUGUAUAUGGGGACAAUGUUUGUGGGGAAGUGUGUGUAUGGGGGCAGUGUGUGUGUAUGGGGACAGUGUUUGUGGGGCAGUGUUUGUGGGGCAGUGUGUGUAUGGGGGGCAAUGUACGUAUGGGGACAGUGUUUGUGGGGCAGUGUGUGUAUGGGGGGUCAGUGUGUGUAUGGGGACGCAGUGUGUAUGUGGACAGUGUGUAAUGGGGGUGCAGUGUGUGAAUGGGGUGCAGUGUGUACGGGGGCAGUGUACUGGGGCAGUGUGUAAUUGGGGGGCAGUGUGUGUAAUUGGGGGCAGUGUGUAAUUGGGGGGGCAGUGUAAUGGGGAGGAGGCUUUUAAAUAAUAAUUUUUUUUAAAUUUUAUUUAAUAAAAUAAAUAUCCUAUGUCCCCCCUCCCUUCUUACCUUGACUGGGGAGGAGGGGGGACAUAUUUCGAUCCCUGGUGGUCCCAGUGGUGAUUCAUUGGUGGUCCCAGUGGGGAGAGUGAACUCUAGCCCGCGCUCCCGGGCUAGAGUUCACUCUCGCAAAAUUUAGAGCGCUGCCGUGGUAACCGCGGCAACACUCCAAAUCUCACGAGAGGAGGACCCGGAGGAGCUGCAGACUGAGCUCCGGGUCCUCUCUCUCACUCCCUCCCUCCGCUGCCGGCUGCCAGCACGGUGCCUGCGGACCGGGGAGGGAGAUCUCUCUCUGAUCUUCCUCCCCGGUCCGCAGGCACAUUGCAGGGCUGGCAUUUGGGCAAUGCCAGCCUAGUCGGCAGGGGAUCAAAGUUCCCGCUGCCCCCGGAUCCGCCAAUAGUCUGGCUCUGUUCUCUGUGUUUCUGAUCCCUCAUUCAAAGAGCCCAGCACAGUGCAAAGGAGCUGGAAGAGAGACCUCUCUAUGAAGACGUGCAAAGAGCAGAACUUCUAAACAUGAUUGAUAGGUAGAUAAGGUAGAGGCACUCCAUUCCAGGAUUGUGUUAAAUCCCGCAGUGUGGAUUUCUACAUUUCAUUUUAUUUUUCAGACCUCACAAAUUGCUAAAUAUAGGGAACAUGUAAACAUAGUAUUACAAAUCGUGAGAUAUGACAGUUCACUUUAAAUUCCAUAAAUCUCAAAAGAUGGAUCCAUCUUAAAUAUCAGUGAAUUGUUUAACUUGUCAGAUUGCGUAAUUGUACAAGUUAUACUAUGCCAACAGUGGGUGCAUUUAAAAGUUCAAGGGACACUAUAGUCACCAAAACACAAAACAAAUUUUUGCUUAAUUAAGCAGUUUUGGUAUGUAGAUAAUGCCCAUGCAGCCUCAUAAUACCCAUGCAGCCCCAAAUUCUCUUCCAUUUAGGAGUUAAAUCACUGUGUUAAUACAGGCCUAGUCACACCUCCCUGAAUGUGACUUACAGUGCCUUCCUAAACACUUCCUGUAAUGAGUCAUCUAAUGUUUAUACCUUUAUUGCAAAUUAUGUUUAAUUUAGAUUUUCUCAUCUCUUGCACUGUUAGUAGCUUGCUAGACACUACAGGAGCCUCCUGUAUGUAAUUAAAUGUAAAUUUACAGAGAAGGAUAUAAAAACUUUUAAGGUAAGUUACAUGUCCCAUUGUACAGUGCUACAGAAUUUGCUGGCACUAUAUAAAUAAUAAAAUAAUAAUGAUUUGAUUGAAAGUGAAACCAGUUUUUUUUUUCCCAUGCAGUUUGUAUCAGUUACAGCCAGGAGAGGUGUGGCUAGGGCUGUAUAAACAGAAACAAAGUGAUUUAACUCCCAAAUGGCAGAGAAUUGAACAGUGAAACUUCAGAUGCAUGAUCUAUACACUAAAACUGCUUCAUUAAGCUAAAGUUGUUUUGAUGACUAUAAUGUUCCUUUAAUGAUGGUCAAUUUAUCCUUUAAUUCUUGUUACGUCUAACCAGAGCCGACGCUGGCGCUAGGCAAACUAGGCAGCCACUUUAGGUGCACUGAUCCGGGGGAAGGAACCUCCAGGUAACUGUCAGGAGAGGAGUGCAUUGCACAGCACUCUUCUCCUGUCAGUCAGUGCAUGUAGUAUGGCCAAGCGGGUCACUGUUUAAACUACUCCACAGACAUCAAUUUCAUACAUUCCGGAACAAUAAGAAUAGUUAUUUGAAGUCACUAAUAAAAAUCAAACAGUUUUCCUCAGCUUACAUGCUCAAAGAGCUUUUCAUUAUGUACCUUGUCUUCAUCUUUUUAGAAUUCUAAAGUAUCGCUUUUUUAACCUCAUGAGGGCUUUAUACUCUACAUAAAUUAACACUAACGAUCUAGACUCAAAAGACCUCAUAAUUCUGGGGGUUGGGGAAAACAGAGCUGCCCGUUAUUAACUAUCCUUAUUCAUUUAACUUCCACUUAUUAAAUAUAUUCUCUUCUGAGGACAAAAAAAUGAAUUCAAUUAGGCUCCUACACAAACGUACGGGUGUUGCAGAUCUUUUACUUUAUCUCUCUAACCCUGUCACAUCCCUUUCUAACACAAUGGUUCCAACCACUCUAUCAUAGACAACCUCGAACUUAAAAUAUCUAAGGGUACUUAUCUCCACACGCAAUGUCCACUAUACAUGUAAUUAAUAUGAUGGCACUUCUGUCUGAGGUGAGGGAUCUUCUCUCAAGAUGGAGAGUUUUCCCACUGUCUCUUUCGUGUAGAGCCACCGUCUUAAAAUCAGCCAUGGUUCCAAAACUCCUUUACAGGCCUUACCCAUAUUACUCCCACAAUCAGAGGAGAACAUUCUUAACCAACUCUUUUCCAGAUUUCUUUGGCAACGUACACGUCCAAAAAUCGCAAUGCAUAAAUUAUCUCAACCCAGAUUUAAUCUGGGUUUAAAUAUUCCAAAUCUAAAACUUUACAGUCUAGCAGCACAAUAUCAUCACACUAUAGACUGGACAAAAGGAUAGGAACAAUUUACAGCAGUACUCAAAGAAACAAAACUUUGCCCAACCAUCCAUGAUGGGGAAGCUCAAUAUCCAUACUGUUCUUGGACAGCCACAGGUCAAACCAAUAUACAUGAUAUCCGGAAUAAACACAUUAAAUCAGUUAUGUUUCAGCAAAUGAAACACAAAUUUCCUGACCUCUGUGUUCACUUUUUUUGCAAACCUACAGACACACAGUUUGAUAGGAACUUCAAAGAUCUUCUUCAUCUCAGUUCGAAAGACUGGGAUCAUUUUAUAGAUUGCCCACGCUUUCAUCUUACUCAAUUGGCUUACUUUAUUCCCAAAUUAGACCUAGCUUGAACCACACAGCCACACAAUCAGGCUUGUCACUGUUGAUACUCGCCAACAUUUAGUCAUGGGGUGCUCAUAGAAGCAAAAGUUAAGCUGCUUAAACUAUUCCCAUCAUCUUCCAAUCAGGAAAUGUAUUAAAACACUGCACAUCAUGCGUAUUAUUAUUUCCUUUAAAAACGUUUUUUUCGCUAAAAUGAAGGGUCUCGGCUAGCUGCUUGUGGUACAGAUGGAGCAGAUCUGUAUCACUACAUUUGGGGAUGUGUGGGGAUUGAAACAUUCUGGAGACAAGUCAAAAUAUUAGGCAUGUGGAAAAUAUUUGGCUCGGUUCGGUAUUCCGAAAUUCAUGACUUCGUCAGUUUGGCACUCGAACACUUCGGCACUUCUUAUCUUAGACACUUCGGAACUUCGGCAACUUCGGAUCUUAGACACUUCGGAAACUUGGGAACUUCGUCAACUUCGGCACUUCGGAUCUUAGACAUUUCCGGAACUUCGGCAACUUCGGAACUCCGGCAUUUCGGGACUUUUCUUGCAGCCGCUUUGUAGAUAACUCCCUAAUUCCAACGGUAUUGGUUAUCUACCAAAAGGCUGAAAGACCUAAAAUUGGUCUUUCAGCCAAAUUUACUAAUACUAAGUAAAAAUUACUUAGUAUUAGUAAGUUGUGCCCCUACUCGCUAUACCGCGAGUAGGGGCAUGUCUAGUAAACAGUGAGCAGCGGGUGGGGGCCCUAAAGUAAAAAAAGGGGGGAGAGCCCCCACUCACCACUCAGGGGUGGGGGCCCUAAACAAGAAGAAGGGGGGAACCUAAUGUCCUCCCCCCUGACCCCACCCUUGAGCAGUGGGUGGGGGCUCUAAAUAAAAAUUUAACCCCCCUCCCCCAGGUGACUAGGGGUCCCCAAACCCCUAGUCACCCCCUGCCCAAAAAAAUAAACCCAUACCUACCCCCCUCACCCUUAAAAUAAUGAGAGGGGACCUUUAACUAAGUACCUGUAAAAAUAAACAUAAACUUACCAUUUGAUGUUUUCUUUCUUCUAAAAUCAUCUUUUUUCAGCCCCAAAAAAGGCCAAAUAAAAAUCCAUAAUAACCGACGCAAUUAAAAAAAAAAAACGAGCGCAAAAAAAAAUUAAUCCAUGUUCACCUGGCGAGGGCUCCGCACAGACUGAGCUCUGCAGGGCGGGGGAAGGCUUAUAAAGCCUUGCCCCACCCUGCAAUUAGGCUCAGAGCACACUGAUUGGUGGGUUUAAGCCAUCCAAUCAGAGUGCUCUGACAGGUAAAUGAAGGGACUGACAGGUAAGUCUCUACAUUUACCUGUCACAGCACUUUGAUUGGUUGGUUUGAAAUCCACCAGAGUGCUCUGUGUCAUUUUACACAGCGUGCUUUUUAUUAGAUAGCUCCCUAAUACCGUGGGAAUUAGGGAGUUAUCUACUUAUUUAUUCCUGUCAUUACAUGACUGGCUAAGUAACAUACAUUUUAUAUGAAUGUAUGUUACUUGAUUGUUGUAAGUGUUGCAAAUUCUUACAGCUGAAUCCGGUCUAUGUUUGUAUACUUUUUAUUUGAAAUUGUAUACAGUGUAACAUUCUUCUUCUUUCACUGGGUAAGUAUAUUAGUACUUAGGCAAUACUGUGCUUCGGAACUUCGGCACUACUACACUUUGGAAAUUCUGUAAUUUCGUCACUUCAACUAUUCGGACAUUCGGAAGCACCCGAAUGUCCGAAUUACCCGAAAUUCGGCCGAAUUUUAAUUCAGACCGAAACAAAUUGCACAUGUCUACAAAAUAUACAUAACGAGACUAACGGGUAAAUCAUUUCAUAUUUCUCCAUUACUAGCAACAUUAGGGGUGUGGGGGGGAGGGGUAACAGCUCAACAAUAAAGUCCGGUUUCUAAAUUGGACCAUAUGAGCCUGGCUGCAGCUGGUAAAAGUAUAUUACAUCACUUGAUCAGUUCCUCAUUUCUCCUACACUACCCUUGCUUCAAAUGAAAAUUCCCUCCUAUUCCAUAUGGAUUGGAUAAAAGCCCCAUUAAAGGGACACUAUAGGCACCCAGACCACUAACCUCAGUUAUUGUAUUUAUUUUAAUUUUAAUAUUAUUGCAUUUAUCUUAUUAUGACAUGCAACGGCUGUAUUAUUGAUCAACUUGAAUUGUUUAAAGACAUAAAUGCCUUUAUUAAGAAAUUAACUUUAUUACAAAAAAAAAAAAAAAAAGAUUGUGGAGUUGAUCAAUUGUUAGAUAAUCCAUUAGAUAAACAAUUGAUUAGUAGUUUGCUUUCCUUGUUGAAAUAAUGAUGUGAAUAUUAAUUUAGGAGAACCUAUAGAUUCAGAGUAUAUUAUUAGAGCAAAUACAUAGUCCAAUUUUAGAGCCAUGUUCCAAUCAUAGGUGUGCGCAGCCUAUUGCAUUAGGGUGUGCACCCUAAAGCACAAGCACACGCCACAUAUAUAUUAUAUAUAUAUAUAUAUAUAUAUAUAUAUACACACACUGCUGUGUGUGUGUGUGCUGUGUGACGGUGCUGGUAGUGUGCUAUGUGGGUGAGGGUGUUUGUGUGUGCGCGCUUGUGAGGGUGCUGUUAAUGUACUGUGUGUGAGGGUGCUAUUUGUGUGUGUGUGUGUGCGCGCGUUCGUGAGGGUGCUGUUAAUGUACUGUGUGUGAGGGUGCUGUUUGUGUGUGAGGGUACUGGUAGUGUGCUGUGUGUGUUUGUUAGGGUCCUGUUUGUGUUUGUGAGGGUACUGUUAGUGUACUGUGUGUGUGUGAGGGUACUGUUAGUGUGCUGUGUGUGUGUGAGGGUGCUGUUUGUGUGCGCUGUGUGUGAGGGUGCUGUGUGUGAGGGUGCUGUGUGUGGGUGCUGUGUGUGAGGGUGCUGUGUAUGUCUGUAGGUGCUGUAUGUGUGUAGGUGCUGUGUAUGUCUGUGGGUGCUGUGUAUGUGUGCUAGAGUUCACUCUCGCGAGAUUUGAGCGUUGCUGUGGCAACGCUCAUAUCUCACGAAAGGAACCCGGCAAUAGCUCCGCAGGGUCCUCUCCUGCCUCCCUCCCUGCCUGUGGGUCGGUAGGGAGGGAGGCUGAGAGCAGAGCCGGCGCUCGGAUAGCGCCGGCUCUGUCUGAGCCGAUAGGGGAGAUCCUGAGAUCUCCCCUGCCGGUCUCGAUAUACAUAGGCACACCCGGCACACGCCUAUGGUUCCAAUAUUAUCCAGUGAAAGAUAUGGGUUCAUUAUCCAGUUUUCAUGAGGGUUCAUGAGACCGUCAUGCGUGAACUCAGUGGAGUGAGUGAAGAGUCCACGGAUCUCAAAUAUAGUAAUCUGACAGAGGGGGAAAUCUGGGCUUUAAAGGAACUAAGGUCCAUUCCGAUUAUUAUUAUUAAACAGGCAGAUAAGGAAGAGGACCUGGUAGUCCCGGAUAAUUCAUGAAUAUGCAUGAAGCUUAUAGAUUAUUGGAGAUAAUUAUUUUUAUGAUCCCAAAAACAAUUCCGUGUAGACUGAGUUUAACUAUUGUGUAAUCUCACAGAAAGAAAGUUGUUAUUGCCCCUGGCAUGUUUCUGGUCUUCUAUCGUCUGCCUAUAAUACAGCUCAGAGAACCCUUCAAAGAGACCAAUUAUUUCAGCAAUUGAUCCUAUUACUGCCCAUUUAUCUAAAUUUAUAAGUAAUUGUGGGGUCAGCAGGUUAACAUAGAGGUGUCUGCUCCAUUUCUCCUGAAGUUUUAGUGGGAUUUGUACAGAUUUUAAACGUGAACAAAGUCACCUCCGGUCACUUUAUAAGAAUGUCAUGAAGUUAAAAUCUAUAAAAUACUCAUGUUGACAGAGUUGAAAUUCCAAUGCUAUCGAAAGAUAUUGUAAGACAAAGUAAGUAAAAUGUUCUCUUAUGAACUUUUGUCAAUACUCACAGCUACUUGGUGUUCCACACCAUACCUCCCAACAUUUCAAAUGGGUGAAGAGGGACACCAAUUUUAGGGGUGUGAAUGGAGGUGUGGCUAGGGGCAACUAAAAUCGUAAUUUAGAACCAGAACACAGACUUACAUAGACUGAUUUCUAAACAAGAAAGUUUAUAGACCCAUUACUGUGAGUAUUAUUGCUGUGGAGCUCUGUUAUUGGCUGAGACACACCAGCAAUAUGGAGCUCCUAGAAAAGAGGGGCAUUAGAAUAAAAAAAAGAGAGAAAGGGAUUUCAACCAGAAAACAGACUGUCCCUCAUUAAAGGGGAUACUUUGUACGUAGACUUUGGUGGAGACUACAGCAGUGACACAUAGUACCUGAAGAGCUGGGGCGGAAUAAAAAUCACAAAGACACCCACAAAAGGCAGCUUCAGGUAAGUAUAGCUACCUUUUCAACCUCUUAGCCACUGCACACAAAGGAGGUGGACAACUUUCAUACUGUUUGCAAAAUAUGCAGAGACCUCCCUCCCCCGUAAGUGACAGAGCCACCAAAUGAAUAAUUUCAUUUAAACACGGACAAAAUGCUAAACACAAUUUGUAAAAGCAAACACUAUUUAAACUUCUGCCUCGAUAUGUGUUUUUUUAAAUGCAGUUUUAUUAGUGCCAGCUAUAGCCAGUUAUAUUCGAAUUCUUUUUUCAUACAUUGCAGUUAUUUUUCUUCAAAAUACUUUUCUACUAAUUCUGCCAAGUCGUGUUUAUUUUUUAUUUCAUUUGGUUUGUUUUUCUUAGUUAACUGUUUUCCAUUUUCAGUUCUGGUAUUAAUAAAAAAUUAAAAAUGCAUUUUCGGUUGCUGUCUCCUAAUGUGAUUGGGGGAAUUAUAGCUUUGCUGAAACAAUAAGUUACAUUUAAUUGGAUAAUAUAUCAAUUUACCUCAGCUGAAUUGUUUCCACGAUAUAUCCAAACGUAUUCAUUUGUAACAGAUGUGCGGAUAUCCAUUAAUUUCCCCAUUAUAAGAGAUAGUUAAGGCCCAGACACAUAGGCCUGCUUAGGACACAUAGGACAGCUGGUGGGAAGGACAAUGAUCUCUGUCACUAUGUACCUUGAUGAUGGCCGUUUUAUUCUGACAGCUACCAUUUUAAAAAGACUCCCUGAGCCCCAGGUCUCUUCACUUAAGGCAAGACUGGGCUUUUGCUAGAUGUCUUGUGACAUAUUGUUUAUAAAUAGGGGUUCGGAACUUUCCUGGAUUAUACAAACAUUCUUAAAAUUUCAUUAUACGAACCUCUCACCAUGUGGUGAAGCCCAAGGUUUUCCUAGUUAUAGUGAGGGUACAGAAUACCAACACUCCAUUCCACAACACAGAACUGAGAUGUUUGCAUAGUACUUUUGGAGGGUCUUUGAGAACCCAGUACAUUUUUUGCCUCUGCGAAGUGGGUGGGAGAGAAGGAGAAUACCAAGACUGCUGCUCUCUCCUUGCUGUUGUAACAGAUCAAUUAGACUCCAUUUGAUCUCUUAAAUAAAGAAUUAUGUAUCUUACUCAACACAUUCCACAAAUACUGUUAAAUGGCUCCAUAUUUAGGGUGACAAGACCUCACCUAUGACUCUAGAUAAAUUUGAGCAAUAUAUUUACUGAAAGGCUGCAUUAGCAAUUUUGCUACUCCCUUAAUGAGGAGAUUCGGUCAACCUUUGCUGAAUGCUUUCAUUUUGAAUAUUGGAUAUAGAGAGGGGUCUGUAGGAAUCCCCUAUCAGUCUGUUAACAGUUAUUUAUGACAGUCAUACAGUAGAUCUUAGAGUAUAAAAUGUAAACUGAAUGCAAAAAGUAAAACCAGCAAAAAAAAAUAAAAAUAAUAUUUAUAAGUACAUACAUAUAUAUUCAACUCUUAAAAUCAUUGGAGUAUGACCUUCGAUUAGAACAUUAAAGAAAUUGGCUUUAUAUAUAACCAAUGCUGGCUUUCUUGAAUUAUCAUGAUAAUUUAGGAUUACAAUUUUACAAUAGUAAUCAAUUCAGCUCAAAAGAUGUAUCGAAAAAGUCCAUCAUGGUUAUUUUCUUGAAUUACAUCUGGGUGGAAAAACCGAGACAAAAACUGAAUUAUCUAGAAAAAUUCCCCAACUCAACCAUAGGCCAACUUGUCAAUUUUUGCCUAUAUUUUGUGAUUGUAAUUUAAUUUGUGAACAUUUCUGAGAUUAAUGAAACCCUGCUGAUUCUACAAAAGCCAAGGUUUAAUCAUUGGAACAGAUAAUUAAUAACAAUUGACCCCCUGGAGACAAUAUAAACAGGCAUUGAGGCAUAAUGCAGUAAGACCAAUACUAAACGUGUUCCUAUAAAUCGAUUUGUAUGGCAAUGCUACGUAGGUUGCAUAUUUAUCCCCAUAUUUUAUUAAAUUCCUUGUUUUCCAAUCUUCCAUUCUGUGUACCAUAUUCUGUUCUUCUACGAAAAUGUAUCACUCCUCAUAUACCAAAUAUCCAUUUUCCCCAUAUUAUAUUUGUCAUCAACAUGUAUCAAUUAGCAUGCCAUAUGCUGAUAUAGUUAUAUAGGUGUGAUGAAUGUUGCAUUUGUGUCAUAGUAUGAGAGUAUGUUUUAAGUGUUUAAUUUGUGGCAUUUGGGACUGUAUGUCAUGGGAGUUGAAUGCAAGGGGUUUGUGAAAUUAUCUACAAACAUUCAAUAGAGCUAUACGAGUGAUGGGAGUAGUAUGGGAGUACAGUUGUAUUGAGAUUUAAAGAUUAUCAGCCACAGUUCUCCCAUCUAAUCGAUGACCAAUUGAGGGUCACAUGAGUUAUGUGAAUUUAUCUGACAACCCCAAUAAUUUGAUGUCAUAACUCUAUACAUUGUAACGCACACAGUAAACAGGACUUCGGGGGCUGCGAGAAAUGUGUGUACACAUUUGAUUUCUCAAAAUAUACCUCAAGACUCUGCAAUUCUGGGCUAGUAGAGCUAGACAUCAUUUUCUGGCUUCCAGAAAUGCACUGAAGAGAGGGGAAAAAAAUAGGAAUGAAUUCAUGGCUAGGUACCAAAACAAACAUAAGUGAGAUAACACAUGGUGGUAUAUAAAGGAAAUAGAUUUCCCCAGUGCUGAAGUUCCCUUGAGACAUCUUUCCGUCAGUAACACAGAAAACCCAAAUUACAAGCAAAUAAAGGACACAUAAAAACAAAGGAAAGGCAUAGCAGCUUAACACUUCUUUAACAGGCACAUACACCCAUUGUAUAAAUAAUAUAAAUUCUACUCACAAAGGCCUACAUUACAAUUCAGCUUCAGUAACCAAAAAGUAACCUUGUUUUCCCGCCGCUAACGCCAUCAGAAAGUCACAAUAUAUUAGUCACAUAACUAUGAUUUUAUCUGCGUUUUGUUGAGAAUGAUAGGCCGAUAUUGCAAUUUUAACCCCUUAAGGACACACGACGGAAAUAUUCCGUCAUGAUUCCCUUUUAUUCCAGAAGUCAUGUCCUAAGGGGUUAAUGAUUAGAACACAAAAUCAUAAAGAGGAGAAAUUGGAAGCAAAGGGAUGCACUCAAUUAGGGGUUAACCCUUUGGAGACUACAGUAGUAAAAGCAAGAAAGAGGAGACAGUGAGUGCCCCUAAAUAAAAUAUAGCUUUUAAUAGUAUAGUUAAAAUUAGUGUAUGCUAUAAAUUGAACCAAAAUAUAUUAUUAACAAUGAACCCUGAGGGUUAAAGUCCUAAAGGGAAAACCAACUCACGCUAGAUGUAUCUAUAUAAUCAAAAAGAAGUUCUGUUCAGAAGUUUUCAGGAUCCUUCUCCAAAUACUAUGCAAAAACCAACGUUUUUUGCAACGAAAUAGAGUAUAUUGGGUGAGUGGUGUCCCAAAGACACAAAAUAACUAUAUAUAACAAUAAUUAGAUCGCAAAAAAGAUAGCACAGGGAUGCCUGUAUCGAAUAUAAAUGUAACAAAAUCUUGCCAAAUAGACUUUUAGUUACAUUUAACAGUGUAUAGUAUUCACUGUUCCUGUGCAUCCAAACAAACUCAAAAGAGAUAAAUGUAUAUAAAUAGUGCUAGCUAAAAGUCUAUAUCUAGCACUAUAAUAUAUUUCAACCAUUCACAGUGCUUUUAAAAAGAGUUAUAUAUCUGCACUGGAGAAGAAAAACUACUACAACAAAAAGCAAGGUAGGGGGGGAAAAAGAAAUAAUGCCAAAAUAAAUAAAUAAAUAAAGUGUCCGGUCCACAUAAAGACCCCCCAAUGUUGAGAUCGGAGUGGGGCUCAGGGAUCCCUCAGGCUGUGCCAAAAAUAAAUAAAUGAUUUUAUACGUUCUGGUCUUGGCAUAAGCUAAUAGAAUUCUCAUCUAAGGAUCCCUAAAGAGCCCCCUAACCCCUGACCUAACACAAAAUCAUAUUUCCCAGGUUUUCAAGGCUAAGAGUUACAGAGAGCCAGGUGCAGGGUCAGAUUAGGAGCCCAGCGGGCCUGAUGCCGUCAUUUAUAAUGGGCCUAAUCUUAUUGACAAAAAAACCCAAACCACUAAAACAAUCAUAACUCUUAAGUGACAUGUAUCUGGCGGAGGUAAAUGAUGCGCUUGCAUAACUCUUUCUGAGGACUGUCCCCUAGCACUCACUGGUGCACUCCACUCUUUACCUUCUUACUAGCAGGCAGAAUCUCCUGGUAUAUAGUGUGAGGCAGAGACAGUUUUAUUUAAUAAGUGUAGAAGAAAGGGAACAUGUCACAGAGUUCGAGAGAUCGAAGCAGCAAGAGCAUUUGCAAAGUGCGCAAAGUCGGCUUUACCUUAAACAAUUUCUUUGUCAGUCAGUCCACACAAGUAUUGUUACCCUAGAUCUCUCUAAGGUUUCCAUACUUAACUCCCUCUGCACAAAGCAAGAGCAUGUGAAGAAUAUAAAUAAAAAUAAAAUUGUAUGUAAUGAUAAUUGAUAAUACUAAUAUAAGAUUGUAGACAUCACAGACUGUCAGGGUUAAUUAUCAAAGUGAGAAUUCAAAUUGAAUACAUAUAGAGAGUUUCAAAAUUAAGGCCAGAGUAGCCGAACAGAAAGUAUAGAAAUUUUUUCUAGUCGAGGCAAUUUGACCUCAAAUAUGAAAUUCACUUUGAAUUCUCACUUUUCUGAAUAACCCAGUUAGUUUUUUCAAGUACCUCGAAACAGCCAUAUCAGCUGUUGGGCACAUAUUUUGAGGUCAUCAAUUUUUACAUUUAUAUAUACGUACAGUGCUUAAUGUCCUUAGUUGGUUUCUGCUUAUAUACUGAUACUAUUUGGGGGUAUUAGUUACUUGUUAUAAUUUUUUAAAUUUUUUUAUAAUGCUUUAUUUCAAAAGAUAUUUAAGUAAUUACAAGUACAAAACAUUAAACAGGUUAUAUUUAUAAUUAUACAGUAUAGACAAUAAAAUAAAAAAAAACAUCAUUACAUUCGAAUUGAUGAUCCUUAGUUAUUAAAUCUAUUGGAUGAUUUUACCUGAAUGCAAGGAUAUUCCUUUCAUACUUCAUUCAUUCAAGAGACAGACAGACAGAAAAAGAGAUAAGACAAAACAAAACACGUUUCCCUUUGGGUUCACAAGGACCAUGUUGCGAGGUAGUCUAAGAGGACAGAGUCCCAAGAUAAUUCAGUUUAUAUUUUGAGAAUCCUUACACUGUGUCCAGGGAUGCUAGACUUGUCUAUACUUACCGAAUUCCCCUUUCGAUGCAUAGAAUCCAUAUUCCAUUCUGCAUUGAAAUUCUAAUUGAUUUUGUACUUCCAACCAGUUCGGUGGUCCUAUUUUUUUCCCAUUGUCUUGCUACACAGAUCUUAGUGACCAUUAGAAUAUGAACUAUUCAGUUUUUCUGUAUUUUGUUACCAAAUAUUAAACAAAAACAUUUGUGGAGAAUAGUAAGACUAUUUGGGAACAAAUUUUUGAGUAGCUUACAUAGGCUUGUUUUUAAUACGUUCAGCUGUAUGCAGUCCCAUCAAAUAUGAUAAAUAGUACCUAUAUCUGAUAAACAUCUCCAACAAAGAUUUGAAUCGGAUUUAGAUAAUCUAUGCAUUCGUUGGGGAACCAUAUACCAACGGUAGAUUAGUUUAUAGUGUAGCUCCUCGAGUGUUAUGCAAUGAAUAUUGCGUGUGACGAGAGCUAUUCCAGUAAUCCAUUCUUCCAGUGAGAAAGAACUAUUUAGAUCUUUUCCCAUUUAAGAAUAUGGGCCUAUUUAGUCGGAAUUUCCAUACUAUUUUAUAGUUUAAUUGAUCUAGAUAUCUGUCCCAUUUUCCUUGAAUUUAAUAUAAAAUUUUUAAAGGACCACUCUAGGCACCCAGACCACUUCAGCUUUAUGAGGUGGUCUGGGUGCCAGGUCCAGCUAGAGUUAACCCUUUUUUAUUUAUUUUUUUAUAAACAUAGCAGUUUCAAAGAAACUGCUAUGUUUAUAAAUGGGUUAAUCCAGCCUCUAGUGGCUGUCUCAUUGACAGCCGCUAGAGGGCUUCCGCGCUUCUCACUGUGAUUUUCACAGUGAGAAGACGCCAGCGUCCAUAGGAAAGAAUUGUGAAUGCUUUUCUAUGGACUGGCUGAAUGCGCGCGCAGCUCUUGCCGCGCAUGCGCAUUCAGCCGGAGAGGAGGAGGAGAGCUCCCCGCCCGGCGCUGGAGAAAGAGGGAAGUUUAACCCCUUCCUCUCCAUCCAGUCCAGUGGGGGCACCCUCAGGGCACUAUAGUGGACCUUUAAGAAUGUGAUUUGGUAAAAUAAAUCUAGAUAAGAGAAAACUUUUUUUGAAGUAAACAAUUCAUUAUUUGGUAAUCCGCAUUGGGUCUGUAACUGUGAGAAACAGGUUAUCUUAUAUUGAUUAACUAGGUCUACUAAGUAAAUUCAAUCUUUCUGAAUCCAUGGGGUAAGGUUUAAAUCAGCAAUAUAGCAUUGUAAAGUAUUGUAAAGCAGAUUAUUAGUUAAACCUAUUUUUGUCUUUUUUUUUAUAGUAAUCAAGGAGUCCAUUAUAAUGAGGUUAGAGAUUUUACAGAUUAAAGGGACACUAUAGCCACCUGAACAACUUUAGCUUAAUGAAGCAGUUUUGGUGUAUAGAACAUGCCCCUGCAGCCUCACUGCUCAAUCCUCUGCCAUUUGGGAGUUAAAUCCCUUUGUUUAUGAACCCUAGUCACACCUCCCUGCAUGUGACUUGCACAGCCUUCCACAAACACUUCCUGUAAACAGAGCCUUUUUAGGCUUUCUUUAUUGCAAGUUCUGUUUAAUUAAGAUUUUCUUAUCCCCUGCUAUGUUAAUAGCUUGCUAGACCCUGCAAGAGCCUCCUGUAUGUGAGUAAAGUUCAAUUUCGAGAUUGAGAUACAAAUAUUUAAGGUAAAUUACAUCUGUUUGAAAGUGAAACCAGUUUUUUUUUUCAUGCAGGCUCUGUCAGUCAUAGCCAGGGGAGGUGUGGCUAGGGCUGCAUAAACAGAAACAAAGUGAUUUAAAUCCUAAAUGACAGUGAAUUAAGCAGUGAGACUGCAGGGGAAUGAUCUAUACACUAAAACUGCUUUAUUUAGAUAAAGUAAUUUAGGGGACUAUAGUGUUCCUUUAAGAUGUUUUACGUCAGACCAUAUGAUAUUAGGAGAAAAGUAUGGUAGGCAGUUUAGGCUCUCCAUUUCAAACCAGGUCAUAUCAGAAUGGUCUGGGACAGUCCAAGAUAGUACGUGUAAGCUUACAUGAUUCAUGUAAAGUAGUCAGGUCUGGAAAAUAUACCUCUCACUUAUUCUUUUGUAAUAUUAGAAUUUGAUUUGCUAUUCUAGGUCUUACCUUUUUCCAGCGCUGGGCGGAGAGCUCUCCUCCUCCGAUCCUCCUUCUCUCCUGCCCGUCAGCUGAAUGCGCACGCGCGGCAAGAGCUGCGCGCGCAUUCAGCCGGUCACAUAGGAAAGCAUUCAUAAUGCUUUCCUAUGGACGCUGGCGUGCUCUCACUGUGAAAAAUCACAGUGAGAAGCACGCAAGCGCCUCUAGUGGCUGUCAAUGAGACAGCCACUAGAGGCUUUGGGGGAAGGCUUAACCCAUUAAUAAACAUAGCAGUUUCUCUGAAACUGCUAUGUUUAUUAAAAAAUGGGUUAACCCUAGCUGGACCAGGCACCCAGACCACUUCAUUAAGCUGAAGUGGUCUGGGUGCCUAGAGUGGUCCUUUAACUCUGAGGGGGAUGGAUCUUAACAGAUAAAAGCCUAUAUAGUACCAAAAAUACUUUAUUAGAUUGAUUCCUCCUAGUCACAAUAUUUCUAAUCCUUUCCAUUUGAUCAGCAACUCUUUGAUUAAUUUCAACUGAUCUGUAUGAUUUUGUUCAAGUAAGGAAUUAAAAAUUCAAGCGCAAUCUGUAAACUUGUUGUUACAAUUAAAAUGAUGUUGAUUUUUUAACUCGUCCAUCUCUCCCUUGUGUACCCAAGCUGUCAAGAUCUGUGUUUUAUGUAAAUUGAUUUUAUAAUUAGAAUAUAUACUAUAUUGGUCAAUGAGUCUUAAAGCAGCGCGAAUCGAGGCCAGUGGAUCCGUGAGGCAGAGGAGCACAUCGUCAGCAAAAAGUGUUACCUUGUGUUUGACAUUUGCAUCUUUGAGAUUCACUUUGAAUUCUCACUUUAUUGAAUAACCCAGUUUGUUUUUUCAAGUACCUCGAAACAGCUAUAUCAGCAGUUGUGCACCUAUAAUUUUGAGGUUAUCUAUUUUGACAUUUAUAUAUACGUACAGUGCUUUAUGUCCUUAGUUGGUUUCUGCUUAUAUACUGAUACUAUUUGGGGGUAUUAGUUACUUGUUAGAACAUUUUUAAACCAUUAAGGUAUUGUUUGUUUUCAGUGGUUUCAUUACAGUAUCUGUAACUCCUCUUCAUCAAGACUGUGAUUGCCAAAAUGUGUUUUAAAGGACCACUAUAGGCACCCAGACCACUUCAGCUUAAUGAGGUGGUCUGGGUGCCAGGUCCAUCUAGGGUUAACCUUUUUUUCUGUAAACAUACCAGUUUCAGAGAAACUGCUAUGCUUAUAAAUGGGUUAAUCCAGCCUCUAGUGGCUGUCUCAUUGACAGCCGCUAGAGGCGCUUCCCCGCUUCUCACUGUGAUUUUCACAGUGAGAAGACACCAGCGUCCAUAGGAAAGCAUUGUGAAUGCUUUCCUAUGGACUGGCUGAAUGCGCGCGUGGCUCAUGCUGCGCAUGCGCGUUCAGGCGAAGAGGAGGAGAGGAGGCGGAGAGCUCCCUGCCCGCCGCUGGAGAAAGAAGUUUAACUCCUUCCUCUCCCCAGAGCCUUGCGGGAGGGGGACCCUGAGGGUGGGGGCACCCUCAGGGCACUAUAGUGGUCCUUUAACGUCUGAUUCUAGGGCUCAUUAUUCAUUAAUCCACUGAUCGUAAAAGUAUUGAUGAAAAAUAUCAGAAUGGUGGGAUUGUGAUCAUGUCGGCAGCCAAGAAAUUUUGAAUAUAGAAAUAUACAAUUAUAAUUCCCCUAUAUAUAAACAAUUCAUAAAAGACUAUUUGGUUUCAAGUAUUAAAGUUUUGUUUGUGAGUUUUUGUGGCAAAUUUAUUUACUGUAAAAUCUCAAAGAUGUAGGAAACACAUUAAUGCACAGCUAAAAAAUUAAAACAAAAAAACAGAAGAAAAAAAACAGACAGCAAGGAAUAGUAAAAAUAGGUUAUCAGUCUCACCUGACGCGUUUUGUGGUUUUCUGCUUUAUUUAUUCUGCGAUGUACUUGUGUUUCCUGACUCUUUUGCUCUAUUGGCAUCAGAAUAAAGGAAACAAGUUAAUACAAAUUAUUUUGUUUUGCAAAAUCCGUAAAGUUAACUUGUCAUGUCCUUCCAAAAUGGAGGGGAUCUAAUAACCAAUGUCUUGCGCGGUUAACUGUAUUUCAAACUGUUUGACUGGAAUAAUGUGAAAUACUCACUUCACACUGUGGGAAUCCCUUCCUGGACGGGGUAGCACACUAUGGCAGGCUGAGAUUUUUGUCUCAGACACUCGUAAAAUUCACACACUGGUUUCAAACCCAGACCUGGAAAAAUCUACAGCUUCUGAAAAUGAAUACACCCCUUGCCCCAGCACUCUGUUUAAUUUCUAUCUGGCACACUGAACAGUUCAGAUUUUUUUUAAUAUCAUCUCCAAUGAAGCAACAGAGAUUUUUGCUGAAGUAAAAUACUGCAGUUUGGAAAAUGUGAAUUUCCCCUGCUUCCUCUAAGUCAAACCCGGUAUAUGGGCCAACAGAGGAGGGGGAUUAAGACAGAGCAAUGGUUUUUAGGUUCCUGCCAAACAAAGACAUGUACCAGAUGUUUUAAACUGCAAUUAGAUCCAAACACAGCUAUUGCAGAGUAUUUCCACUUUCUAUAAAGCAUUCAACAUAUUGCGCAUCCUUAUGGCACGCAUUGGGUUUACUUUGUUGCCAGUCAUAUAUUUAACAUGUCUACCACCAUGGAAGUCUUGCAUUCUGUCAAAGGAACCAUUCAUAAUGAAAUCAAAUGAAUUUAACAUAUUGCAAAAUGAUUACUUUCUCACAUGGGGUUUAUUCACUAAACAGUGGAUUGUGAUCAGUUUGGCAUAAUGCAAGCAAAACUCCCCUCCCUUUAAAUCGGCACUUUGUGCCUACAUUUCAUAAUACGGUUUUCAAUGCACUACAAUUUGGUAUUUCGUUUAGAAAGCACUUCAGUUUUUUUUUUUGGUUUAUAGGUGUUAACCCCUUCACUACCAAGCGAUUUGCAGAAAAACUACCCCUAGAAUCAGAGUAUCUUAAAAAAAUAAUUUUUUUUUUCAAAAUUCGGCCCUAGAUAGUGCAUUACUUAAUGGAAACAAAAACUUGGUCUGGAACAAAAAAAACAACUUUAAAAAAAAAAAAAAAAAAAUUCCUUUACAAAUUAAUGAGGUUACAGAUAGGAAAACAGAGUUUUAAAUAAACAUUUCUCAAUAUAUUAAUAUUGUAGACUUUUUCCCUACAUAUGCUAUAAUCCUCUCACCUAUCUAUCCAUAAGUAUAGUGUAUAUAUUGCUACAUGAAAAAAAAAAAAAAAUGAAAACAAAGGGAAAAAAGUUAGCCCACCUGCCACGUCAAGGCAAACCUCUCAGGUGGGUCCUACACUAACCAUUCGCCUUGCUUCCUUGAGCUUCUGGCAAAGAUCUCUCUAAUGAAAGGGGUAUUUUUAUAUAUAUAUACACACACACACACACACACACCCCUACGAUUGGUGGAUGUGUGAUACAAAAGUAAAUACAAAUACCAAAAACCCCACAAGUCCUGCACUCAAACUCCCAUCACUCCUGGGCGGCAGCAACGAUCAUAGUCAAGACUUUAACCCACCUGAGAGGUUUGCCUUGACGUGGCAGGUGGGCUAAAGUCUCUCAUGGCCAUUGGAGAAACUAAAUAACCUCCAUUUGUUUAAAUAUACAUAGGGAUUUGGGAAGAGCACAGGUAACUUUUUUCUUUGUUUUUUAUUGUAAGUAUUGAGGCUGAUGUGUACUAUGGUCAUUUUUUUUGUACACAUAUACAUUGACAUAUAUAUUCACACAAUCACAGUGUGAGUCUGGCACCUGUGAGUGCAUGUCUGGCAUUGUGUAACGUGUAUGCGCCUGAGUGUGUGUGUGUCUGGCAGUGAGUAUCCUUGAGCAUCUGUGAGUGUACAUCUGUCUGUAUGUGUAUCCAUGGCUGUGCCUGCAAUGCAUAUCUGUGUAUAUGUCUGUCUGUGUUGCUCUGUGUCUGGAAUCAUGUGUGGAAAAAGCUGCUUGCACAGUAUUUGUGUGUAUGGAAGGGCUGAUUGUGUUCUUGCUGUGUGCCUUGUAUUUAUGGUGGGGCUGUGUUGUGUGUGAGAGAAGUGAUUGUGUGAGUAUGAGAGUUACUAUUUGCAGAGUGGUGCCUGUGUGUCUAUCAGGGUGUGUGACAGAGAGACAUUGGCAAUGUAACUGUGUUUGAUAGGUAAGUGUUGCAGUGUGUGGGGAGGGAGUGAUGUGACUGUAUGACUGUGCGUGUGAAAGGGGUGAUUGACUGGGGGACUAUGUGUGGGUGGAUGAUGUAACAGGGUGACUGUGUAUGUGUGGGGCAAUGUGACAGGGUGACUGUGUGUGUCAGGGUAAAUUGCAUAUAGGGAGGCUGUGUUUCCCUUUUCAGCCUUCCCACACAGGGGUGUGCAAAUCAUUUUGGUUGAAGGUGAGCCCCUCUGUUUACCUUCAGCCACACUCAGUUUGCUCUCUGGGAAGGUGGCUCUCUCUGCAAUGUCUGGCAGCAGACAGCUCCCAUAAUCAAAUGGAGGUGGGAGGAUGUAAUAUCAUGUUACAUCCCCUCUGUGCUCCAUGUUACAGACAGGGGAGAAGGAACCUAUGACCUUCUCCGACCCUCCUCCCCCGUGGCAGAACUAAUGUAGAGAGUGCCCUGGUGCAAGAAUGGUUUUUGGGCAAAAUGUAGAUCCCCAUCUGUCGUGCAACUCCCACAAUGCUAUGUCAGCUGAAGAUCUACCAUUUGUCCAUCUUUGUAUUGUAAGAAAUGUUUAUGUGUUUGGAUGUAAUCAUGUUCAUAUGUGCGCAUGUUUAGCUGUAAUUAUACUGUUGCCAUUGGAAUGUGGUGGUGUGCGUGUUUCUAGUGUUUGCGUUUGAAUGCAUGGGUGUGUUUGAAAGGAGCGUUGGCUUUUAAAUGCAGGUGUACAUUUAUGUGGAGUGUUGAUAUGUGAAUGAAGGGAUGUUUGUAUAUAAUUUGGGAGUUCUAAUACAGUUGUGUUUCUAUGUAAUGUUUGCAUGUUUUGUUGGUGUUUGAUUGCUGGGAUGUAUGCAUAUACACACACACUGCAACAUACCUACUUGCAUACAUAUGUACACAGAUAAACAUACACAUUUAUACACACACACCCCGACACAACCAUGAUGACACACACUGAUACACUUACUGACAUAUGAAUACAUACACACAUAUGUUUUAGCAUCUUUAGGCUUACCUGGAGUCCUGCUAAUGGGAGUGUGGGUCCGGAUCUCUGUUUCGUCCCACACCAGCUGUGGCUCCUCUCCCUCCAGCGCGGCUCUUCCUCCCAGCAUGCUGAUGUUAAAAAUGUCCUGGUCAGGCUCUUAAUGGGGCUGGGUGCCCAACCAGGCCCCUUUUCAGAAAUACCCAUCAAGGGGCCCUAAGUGCAUGGGCCACCUCAGGGUAAUUCCACCACUGCUUCUCCCCUACUGACAACUGCAGCUCCGAACGGAUGAGAGAUGAAUACAGACAGUCAACCUGAAUUUAUCUCUCUGGAGUUCAUAACACGGUGGCUUUGCUGCACUGUGAACUUCAGUAACUUUAAUAAGGGCAUCAUUGCAAACAAAAUGUGCUUCCUAUAGGAAAGCAUUGGAUUGGGUGAGAUCAUUUAGAUUGAUGAUUUUAACCAUGGAGGCGCGGCCAGACGCAGUGAAACAAGCGCGGCAAUGGAGAAACGGUAGGUUUAAAGGGACAAUGUAGUCAUCCAGACCACUUAAUCUUAUUGAAGUGGUAUGGGUAAGGUGUCCCUGACCCACUUAGUCCUGCAAUUUAAAACAUUGUAGUUUUUGAGAAACUGCAAUAAUUACAUUGCAGGAUUAAGACAGCCACUAGAGGCACUUCCUGUUGGCUAACCAAUUUUUUGUUUGCCCGACGCUGGACAUCCUCAUGAUCUGCAUGAGGACAUUCAGUGUCAAUAAAAUCCCCACAAAAGAGCAUUGAAGCAAUGCUUUCCUAUGGGGAGGCCUAAGGCACUUGCCGCGCAUGCGCAUUAGUUCCCCCCCGCCCCCCAAUUGGAUCACGUUGGAAAAGAUGAAGCACCGACCCAGUGCCAGGGGAUAUUGGUGCUUGAAUUGGGUAGUGACCCAAGAUUUAGUUUUAACCCUUAAUAAGCCGGGGGCUUUGUAUUCCUAUACACUAUAACACUAUAGAAUCCCUUUAAUAUUUUAUUUCUCUACUCUGAGGAGGUGCAGGGAACCCAAUAGGUAGUUCAAAACUAUAGCAUUAGAAAUACAUGUUUGUUCCUUUAAGGUAAAAGAAGUUAGAGAAGUUUUCCGGUUUGGCUAUUAUAAACUUAGAUUUGAAAUUCAAUUUAAAUUCUCAUUUUAGUAAAUAAACCUGAAUGAAUUAAAAAAAUGUAUGUCAAAAUAGUGGAACGGGAAACAUUCUGAAAAUCAGCGUAACUAUUUUAGUCAACUUAAAAUUCACUAUCAAUUCCCAACAGACCGCAGAACCUAUAUGUACCCAAAACAAAAAGAUCCAGAAAGCGUACAGUGACCACUUCAAGCACUGAAAAAAGGUCAACGAGGGCUUGUUAUAAAGUGUUUCAUGCAGAUGGUCAGCAAACUCUAAAAAUUCUCCCGGGUCUUUAUGAUCAAGACCCGGAAGGGUCGAAACAUUACUGCUUUUGCACCAAUAAAGCUAUUUCUGUUAUCCCAGAGUGCCCGAACCAUUAUGUCGGACAGAAUGAUCUAGAGAGCAAAAAUAUGACCCUCUUGCUGUAACCGGCCUCCAUAAUAAGUGAACUGCACUGUAUUUAUUUAAGUUGCAAUUAGUUUAUCAAUAUAUUCAACAAAAACUGUUAAGUAACACUUCUGAAUUCCAAAGGACUUUGUUAUAACAUUUUUGUGUGAUAAGAAAAGUUCCAGCAAAACAAUAUUCUGGGCAAGCACCGGAGAAGGGACAAUUUUUUACAAGAAAAAAAAAAAAAAGACACAGAGAAUCCUACCUUCCAUGCUAUAAAUAGUCCACGCCAGGAAUUUUUCUGGAAUUAUAAUCCUUGUGGAAUAAUUUUUUUUCUUUGUCUGGAGACAUGUCCUCCCAACCCCCUCAGGGGAAGAUUGGAAACAAACACAGAUUCUACGGACAAAGUAAUAAAAACGUACAUAGGGCAAUAAUAUACAACAGUAUGCGGAAAUUUGUGGUGUUAAAUGCACUCACAAGAGCAAUAAAAACAAACAGCAUAUCACCCAGUCCAGGGUUAAAUCCUUAGGGAACUCCAAACUACCAUAAGAGGUUCUUCAAUACAAAAAGGAAGCACAAACAGUGCAGAACAUCAAGUUGAAACAAGACUUUUAAUAAAGUUUUGCACUUCAAAAUGAUAUAAAAGUCCAUCACCACUUAAGAUGGACGAAACGCGAAGGGAUUCAAUUGUAUUUAUUUAUAUCUAUUUAGUAUGUGUUAUUGUAUUUGUUUUAAUACUACAUUGUCUGGUCUAUACCGGUGACUGCUUUGGGGCUACAGCACUAGAGAUAGAGGAUCCAGGAUUAUACCACUAGAGUGGAGAUAGGCUUGUAUAUCUCAUUUUGUAAGUACAACACUUUAUUAAAGGACCACUGUAGUGCCAGGAAAACAUACUCGUUUUCCUGGCAUUAUAGUGCACUGAGGGUGCCCCCACCCUCAAGUUCCCCCUCCCGCCGGGCUCUUGGGGGAGGAAGGGGUUAAACUUACCUCUUUCUCCAGCACCGGGCGGGGAGCUCUCCUCCUGUUCGACUGAAUGCGCGGCAAGAGCUGCACGCGCAUUCAGCCAGUCCACAGGAAAGCAUUCACAAUGCUUUCCUAUGGACGCUGGCGUCUUCUCACUGUGAAAAUCAGCGAGAAGCGCGGAAGCCCUCUAGCGGCUGUCAAUGAGACAGCCACUAGAGGUUGGAUUAACCCUAUUAUAAACAUAGCAGUUUCUCUGAAACUGCUAUGUUUAUUUAAAAAAAAAAGGGUUAAACCUAGCUGGACCAGGCACCCAGACCACUUCAUUAAGCUAAAGUGGUCUGGGUACCUAUAGUGGUCCUUUAAGGUGUUUGUUUAACUUUAUGUUCUGCAGUAGUGUGUGCUUUCUUUUUAUACAGGAAUACCUUAUGGAAGUUUGGAGUUCCCUUAGACUGUAACUCUGGAAUUGGUGAUGUGCUGCUUGCUUUUAUUGCUCUUGUGAGUGCAUUUAAUGUCACGGAUGCACCCUAGUACAAGCAUGCGCAUGACUUGGUUCUAGUGGUGAUAGGGUUAAAAUUCACUAUUUGUUGACACUAGACCAGAAAUAAUGAUAAAAUUCCCCCUUAACACCACACACAUCUAAUUAUAAUAAUAUAAAUAUCAUAAUGCUGCCACCACCAAGACAAUUUAUAAAAUGACUACAAACCCACAAAAUCCAAUUUAGCACAUUAUCUAUGUGAUUUCAUAUUACUAAUAAAUAGGUCAGGUAACGUGAGUCAUUAUCAGACAAAGGCAGAACUUAAUAAAGGAAUAUUUAUUAUGAGCAAAAACAAUAGUCACAGUGAAUAUAAAGACAGAUGACACACACAUUAUUUUCACCUAAACAGAUAAAAAAAAAAAUAAAAAAAGAGAAAUGAACAGAAAACCCAACUACUCACUUAAGUGGUAAAGUAACACUAUUUUGUGUUCAGUGAGGCUCCGGCAAGUAAAGAUGGCUACUUACUCAAAAUUAGAUAUUGGCCCCUAACAAGAGCAUUCAACAUUUGCACACCAUUGGCUUUAUGCUUCCUGUAUUAAUCUUAAAUUUCCAAGCCAGCCCAGAGGUGAAGGGAAGGAGUACCUAUAAGAACAAUACGUGGUCUUACCCUUGUGUUUCAGACAAACACCAAUCCAAAUAGAAAAAUUUGAUUUCAUUUUCGCUUUUGUCCUUGCCACAGAAAUAAUUUUUGCAUCUAUGAAUUUGUUGCAAUCUUUCGACUCCAUAGAUAUGUCACACUUCCUUCUUAUGACCUAAUACCACAGAUUUUAACAAUUACUUUAACAGCAACAAGACAAUCACGCUAGCUGCUUUGAUAACAGGUUGUGAACUGAAAUUUGUAAAUAAAAGUUUUAACCAUUUCCACUGACAUAGCUGUUUCCUUUGUUCCAGAUGGGAGAGCACAUGUUCCAUGAAAAAAAGGAAGACGAAGUCCUUGAAAUUCUCCAAUAACAAUGAGAGUUCGAAUUAAGGGAGAUGUCCUUUGCACUCUUCUUCUGGUGAUCUCUCUCAGCACUUUGCUGUAUAGUUUGUUAAGACCAACUGCUAAACAAGACAUUGCUCCAGUGAAAAACACUAAAAGACUCAAGAACCCACCCAGGACUGCAGCUUCCAAGAAAUAUUAUGACUCUAAAGUAACAGGUAAAGUUAAACUCCUUUCAGAGGAUCAUCAUGCAGACGUAGACAGUGAAGAUGUUAAGCCCACAGUACCACCAGUAAAGACACAAUCUCCAUUUGACUUCCAACAGUACCUCAGCAGUAAAGAUCAUCGUAACUUUAGCUUGCUAAUCAACCAACCAAACAAGUGCACAAAACCUUCCGGAGAGUCAUUCCUACUCAUUGCAGUAAAAUCCAUUGUGGAAGACUUUGACCGACGUGAAAGUGUUCGCAAAACCUGGGGGAAAGAAGGAUUAGUCAAUGGUGUGCGGGUCAGGAGGGUAUUUCUUCUAGGGAUCCCCAAGAAUAAAACAACCGUGUCCUUGUGGGAGUCCCUUAUGCAACAAGAGAGUCACUAUUACAAAGAUAUAUUGCUGUGGGAUUUUCUUGAUACGUUCUUCAACUUGACCUUGAAAGAGAUCCACUUUUUGAGCUGGGCAGAAAUGUUUUGCAAUGACGUUAAAUUUAUUUUCAAGGGUGAUGCCGAUGUAUUCGUCAAUGUAGAGAACUUGAUACAUUUCUUGCAGAACCAAAACGCUUCUGAAGAUUUGUUUGUUGGGGAUAUUAUAAAUCAUGCCAAGCCGAUAAGGUCAAAGAAAAGCAAAUACUACAUUCCAGAGACUAUGUACGGGUUAGGGAUAUAUCCAGCCUAUGCAGGAGGUGGAGGAUUUCUAAUGUCGGGAGUGACCAUGACAAAGUUGGCUGAAGCCUGCAAAGAGGUGGAACUCUUUCCUAUAGAUGAUGUAUUUUUGGGAAUGUGCUUGCAACGUAUUAAUCUCAAACCAGUUCUACACGAAGGAUUUAAAACAUUUGGAAUCACAAGACCCUCGGCUGCACCUCACUUACAGACAUUUGAUCCUUGCUUCUACAAAGACCUAAUGGUUGUACACAGUCUCAAAGCAGCAGAGAUCUGGCUCAUGUGGAACCUUCUGCACAGUCAACAGCCACCCUGUUCCCAAAAACAGAGAAUAAAAAAACCGUUCCACUGGAAGAAGAAAAAGACAAAACAGGCCAUAAAUGCAGUCACGAGGCUACAAGUGAACUAAGAACUUUCAAGCACAUGGUGAAAUAGUUGGACCCUUAAAGGUUGGGAAGAUGCAGAAUGUCCAAUCCUGCUUCAGAUUGUAGAAACCAACUACGGUAUAUGGCCUCACAGCAUUGGAUCGACGACAGCAACCAUUCAUGAAAAGUGAAAACCAAAAAACACAACACACUUCUUAGAAGAUAAAAUGUUUUUAAUCCCUUAAGGACACAUAAUGGAAAUUUUCUGUCAUGCUGGCCUUUUACUUCUGAAGGGGUGUCCUAAAGUGUCAACAAAGAAGGGGAGAAAGAGUAAUGAUGUACAAAGGUCGCACACACACACAGCACUUUCUUAUUGCACUUAUUAUGGAAAAAAACUGCUAAGAUGCAGCAUGUAUUCAUAGAAAAAAAUUAUUCAGACACAAAGCAAUAUACGCAAACACAAAACAAAAACAUAAAAGAACAAAAAACAGGCAAACAAGUUGUGACCAAAUGGUCUCCCUUUAUUGGGUUGUGGGUAUACAUGCUGUUUCGGAGCAACAGAUUUCAUAAGAAUUAUUGUAAAAAACUAAAAUAAAACAAAACAAAAACAUGAUCACAAAUAUAUUUAUUUUUUGAAAACAGCAUUUUUUUCUCCGAGAGUUUACCUAAUAAGACCCCCAUGUAGAAUCUCUCUAAGUUUAGAUACUUCCACAUUAUUCUCUAUACUUAAAACGGCACAAUUAUUCUGUACUCUUGGACCAAACCAUGGUCUCCCACAUGCCUCAAGUCUGUUCACUUCCUGUCAUACAGGGCUGGGGAUGUCACCACGUUUAAGGACGCAAUACUAGCAGGAUUGGGCAUUGUAAACACAAAUAAAAAGCAGCUAUGAGGGUUUCCUCAAAUGGAAAGUGUCUGGGCAACAAUCUGCAGCAGGGACGGUGGAUUUCCUUUUUUAAUAUUAACUCUAUGGUAGUCAAAAGGGUAAAUAGCUGAACAGAACAAAAUGUUGAUUGAGCACUCUGGUGGGAACGUGGGUAAUUAAACACCUGAAAGGAAGACUACAUUUUGAGAGAACAUGCCUUUCUAGUUCACAUUUACAUGGCAGCAAGCUUUGGGGGGGGCGGGGAGGCAUCUUCUAACGUUCAGGUUCUCUCCCUGCAUGCGGACAUCACCUGCACACAUUUUACUACAUACAAACAAAAACCCAAAAACAAUAUUUACAAAAGAAAAAAAUCUGUACACUAUGCUGUAAAAACACACAAACUUUGUCCAUGUAUCACGUUAUUACACCAAAAUAUUACAAAGAGGAUACAUUUCUAUUAAUAAUUUAAUCAUUACAAUUUCAACCUCUCCCCCCACAACCAGCCGCCUUCUCCUAUACACAAAAUGACCCAGAGAGACUCAGUGCUAGUGAUAGCGUUGGCUACCAUUCUGGCAUCAACUAUUAAUAAGCAGGGAGAAGAGGACAGAAUCCCAGUAACCUAAGGAGAAUGUUGUGUCUAUAGGCAUCCAUGGCAGUAAGAAAUCGCAACACAUUGCUCAACGGUAAAUUGUCUGCAUGUGUGUAUUACAUUACUGCUGUUAGUACCCCCAAAAAUGUCUUUCCCUUUAUAAAACAUGGAAAAAUAUAACUGUAACAAACUUGGCACUACCUCUUAGAAAACCAGUACAUGCAGGAUCCGGACCAAUUGGAAGAUGUAGAGAAAUAAAUUACAGAUCAUACAUCCCUUGGUAACUGUCUGGCAGACAUCUUUGGCUAUUGUGUAAAAAGCAUGGAGUCACCACUCCCCCUAUUAACUAGUGCAUUUGGCCUCUCUUCAGCAACAAUGUACUAAUAUAUCCUAAGGUAUAGGUAUUUCAAAUACUGGACCUCUACCAGUUGGUGAGCUGAGUCUCCCAUGAACCUUUGCAAGCCACCUGAUGAUUUUAUGUUUUGGCAAAGGGUAAAAAGUGCAGUUUGCCAACAGAGAGAGGCCCUCUGUUUUAACAGUUUUAAAGAAUUAAAUCAAUAAAAAUACAUCAUUUUUGCACUGUUAUGAGAGCAAAAGUGAAACAGGAUCUGUACAUCAGCUGGAUAGAUUUGUAAUUAUAGGGGACAUAAUGCCUUUAUGUAAGACAUUAGCAAAAUAUGUUUAAAAAGAAACAUAUUACACAGGAAAAAAAUAAAAUAAAUCUAUGCUUCAGUUUAGAGGGACACUCUAUGCACCAAUAAAACUUGCAUAUUUUAUAGAUUUUGGCCUCAUUAAUAUGCUGUAUUGUUUGGGGGCAAAUCCAACAUCACUGUGUGAGCUGGUUUUAAUUAACAACCUGGCUGCAGACAGUCAGAGAAACUACAAACAGGCAGUGAUAACCUUAUCUAUACGUGUCCCUGGGUGUCCUCUCCUUCUAAUGCAAGCUAAUUGGACUGCAUUCUGUAAAAUAUUUAUAUUUUUGUGCAAAAUAUAAAACUAUGAAGAUUUAAGCAAAUACAGCAUAUUAUAUGAGAUCAAAACUGAUGAUAUGGAUUUCAGUUUCACAGCUGCCGGGAAUGUCCCUUAAUAGUAGCACUCUAGGUAUCAUAACUGUUGCUCAUCGGCUUAUGUCAAAUCAUUUUUAAGUGUCCUGAAAAACCUAGGUCUCAUGCUGGGAAGUUGCAGAAUGGCCCCCACUGCUGUGACUCUGCUGAUGCAGAUACGAACAUCCGCAUUAGCUCACCCGCUUUUGGUGUCAAUGAUAAACAGUGUUAAGUUAGUUAAAUGCUGGAUAAGGGUCUAAAUUAUUUGAGUUACAGUAGCGAGGUAAAGCUUGUAGGUGGUGUUUUAUCGAAUAGCUUGAAAACCAUUAGAUACAAAUCAUGGUGAUGUAACCCACUUAGUUUUUAAGUACCAUAACAACUACAGCCUAGUAGUGGUUAUGGUUUAGGGAGUCCCUUUAAUAUUCUUGGCUCUCGUUUUGACUAUUGUAAACAGCUUUAAGCAAAGAUGUCCCGUUAAAGCCAACUUUAAAGAUCCAGCCAAAAAUAAAGGUCUACGAAGGCAAAACGCAAUGGGCUGUUCAACGAUGGAAAUUGUAUAAGUAAAUAAAGUUAGUUUUAACAGCAAACUUGUGCUACAGAACUUUCCACAGUCAAUUGGUUUUAAUUCGUAGAAUCAAUUAUACAUCAAAUGACGGCAGUGAAUUAUUCAUGAGCAUUUAACUUUUAUAGGCAGUUUGUGCCUGUGUCUGAAUACAUGUUUAUUGUGUAACCACUAAAAAAAAUAAAAAUAAAAAAAAUAAAUAAAAAAAACUUUUCCAACAUGGUCCAUUUGCCAGGCAUAGAGCAAGUUGCCAGAUGAUUUCUCAGUAAUAUGAGCUAGAUAUUUUAACACAGUUCAAGCAGGCAUCAUCAUGGUUAUGUAAGCUCCUAGCAUGAAUGAUACCAAACAGGAAAUAGAUGUACAGUAAUUCUGUUUAUACAGGGUUGGACAUAGACUUUUCAGAGUUAUUUUGCUUUGUGUCCAAAAUAAGAUAAUACUUUGCAGAUAAUGACAGUGUUUCAGGUUUCCUAUUAACAUGGCCAAUGCAAUACUAAAUAUUUGAAAUAAAAGGCAUGGUAAUGAUGACUUCAAAGAAGAGUCGUCAAUUUGUUUAUACAAGUUAAUAUGUUUUACAGCUUCUGUGUAUAUUUUACAACAUAUACAUACAAGUAAAUACCAUAUUUCAGUGCAUUUUCCAAUUUUGCCGUACUAUGUGGGACAUUUUUAAAUCCUCUUUGAUGCAUACAUAUUCAAAUAAAGGCCAAGCACGUAGUCAAGAAGACUUGUUGCAUGUUCACAAUUCCUUAGGUCAUGUACAAGUGCUGGGAUUCUCAAAAAUAAAACUUUAUGAGCUAAAUUCGACUAUUCGAGCAUGGACUUGGCCGAUAUGAGGUGCGGGCAACCACUUAAAAAUGGUUGCCCGCGCUGAGAAAGGGUAAGUUUGGAAAUGCUCUGUAGAAGUGUUUACGAACAAUAUGUCAUCAGUGUAUAUUAUUGUAACGCAUACAUAUAAGUAAUCUUUUUAUUUUCAAUGAUAAUAAAUUAUAACAAUUUUCCUUUUAAAUAAAAUGGCACUCUCACAAAAGUGAAAUAUGUACCUACUGUGGGAUGAUUUAAAAUUUAGAGAAAGCGAAAGAAGAUUCACAUGGUGAGGCAGGAGGGGGAAAAACCCUUUAAAAUUAGAUCUGCUUUUUUGUGGAUUUGUUUUUUGCCAAUCAAAAUACAGGAAGAAUUUAAAUUACAGAUGUGGUAACAAAAAUUUAUAAAUGAAGACAAAUAAAAAAAAAAAACAACCAUUCCUCUGUGACAAAAUGCCUGUUUCAUCAGUCAAUAGAAGUGACUUUUAUUAAUACAAUAUACUGGACAUAUUCUACGGGUUUCAGAUAGAAAAAAAAAAAUUAAUGUAUUUGUAUUUUUUAAAUUCUUUAAAUCUGCCACUUAAUUGAAAGCAUUAUUGUAAAUUUAAGAGGUGUUCGAAAAAAAAAUUAAUUCUUUGCUAUGCAAAUUUGUACAGGGUUCACAUCCUAUUAAAAGUUGAUAAAAGAAGAUAAAAAAAAAUUAAAAAAAAUUGGCCCAUCUAUUUUAAGACAUAAUUAUCUCCUUGGAGAAAAACAAACCAAAAACAUUUGGAAACUUAUCAUCAUACGAGUGUCCAAUGAAGAGAGGAAGAAAAAUUAAAAUAAAAGUAACAGCGGAAAAUAUAUUAUUUAAAUAAGAUUAAUAAAAAAAAAAAAAAAAAAUUAUAAACAGCACAUCAAGUAAUUGUUAGAAAUACAGCGAUUACUUACUCGCCAUAUAAAUAAGCAUUUCACGCAGCUUAUAAAAGGUCUCCAUGUUCGUUUUCAGAUGCGGUUCAGUGAACACGAUGACUGAUCAAGUAAAGUGUAUGUAGUGCAAAUGGUAUAAACUAAAUUUCUGAUCGCAUUCUGGUUCGGGGUUUAUUCUCAUCACGGAGGGAGCCUACAAAGAACUGACCGCUUGUUAGAAGCAGCACAAUGCCUGGAGGAUAAACGCACAGGUGAGGAGUAUAAGCCCAAGUUACACCCUUAUCAUCAUGCUAAACAUGUGUGUAACACGGGAAAAAAGUGAACAGAAGAUCUUGUCAACAAACGGGUUAGAAGUCACAGUUAAUGAUGUCCUGAAAUAUGAAGGAUAGAGGUCCACCACAAACUUGUGCUAGGGGUCAUCAAGAUGUUAGACACCUGUUCCUCCUUGUUCUUUGGGACAGCUGUAAUCCCCCUUUGAAAGCACAGCGGCACGAGACAUAAUUUAAAGAAUGCUGCUGGACUCAACCCAGAAGACCAAAAGGUGCUGCAGUCUAUACAACAAGAAAAAUACCCCGAUCACUUUAGAUCUCACUUUGUGAACAAAUACACAAAGAUUCUGAGGCUGUUUUGCAUGUAUUCGGCUUCUUGAAGUCACAUGAUGUGGUACCUGAAUGAGAUUAUAUAUACAUACAUAUGUAUAUAUUACAAGAUACAUACGCGCAUAUGUACACACCAGUCACACUUUAAACUGCUUUUGACCACAGAAAUAUCAAUGUGUUUACAUACACAUGUAUAUUAAUAUUUACAAAUGUGACUAUCACAUGAUUUUAGUAACACUAACACGAAGAUUCCUCACUUCCAGGUCCUGCACACGGCUUUAUCAUGUUUGUGCUUUUAGACGCAGUAGAGAGUUCUCUGUCGGCCCUUGAUCUUUCAUCUAUAAGGUCACAGGGACGUAGAAGACACACUGACCGCAAAAAAGGUGCCUGGUAGGAACGGGAAGUAGUGAGGGGGAGGCAGGAGAUACCCACAGUCUGUGCAGCGCCUCCCAGGUCUGCCAAGGUCGCACUAAGCAUGGCAAGGUCAACCCUGCUUCGUGCGGCUGUUCGGCAACAAGUCAAGGCACACUGGGCUAGACCAACACACCAGUUUCU